AUGCUCAGUUUUAUAAGUGUCAUCACUGUCCUCGUUAUAUUACCUCUGGGAAACGCAUCUUCAAGCACCAAUAAUUAUCCAUCCCUUCCCUCCCACGGACCAAAAUGUCGAUACCUUCCAAGCGACCCCGCAUGGCCUAACCAAACAGUUUGGAAUAAUUUGAAUCAAACAGUUGAAGGCAGACUUAUUCGUGGUGUACCAUUAGGCCAGCCUUGCUACGAGCCUCAUCUGGACGUUACAAAAUGCUCUCAAAUACGGGAGGAAUGGAUUAUGCUAUCGCCAUUUAACGCUGAAGAUGUUAUGGCGGGUCUUCGAUUUGUACACGAUAAUAAUAUACGGCUCACGAUUAAAAAUACGGGACAUGAUUUCCUCGGACGAUCGACAGGUGCAGGUUCGUUGGCUUUGUGGAUGCACAAUCUCGAUGAAACAAUCUUUCUCAACUAUAGUAGCACUUUAUACACGGGACCUGCAGUCCACAUCGGUGCCGGCGUUCGAUAUUCUGAUUUGCAUCCAGUGGCUAGAAAGCAUGGGUAUCGUGUCGUGAGCGGCUCGUGUUCCACCGUCGGCUUAACAGGUGGUUUUACUCAAGGUGGUGGUCAUGGACCUCUCGCCUCGGCAUAUGGACUGGGAGCCGAUCAGGUGUUGGAGUGGGAGGUAGUGACUGCCGCAGGGGAGCAUCUGACUGUCUCACCAGUGCAUUAUGCGGACUUGUAUUGGGCAUUGAGUGGUGGGGGUGCCGGGAAUUUCGCAGUGGUGCUUUCGAUGAAGGUGAGGGUUUAUCCUGAAGGUCCAGUGGCGGGAGCCGCUUUCUCUUUCGUUGAUAAUGGGAAUAGCACGGCGUAUUGGGCUGCUAUUAAUGACUGGUUACAAACUCUGCUCGUACUCGAUACUAUCGAUGGUUUAACAACUGUCUCUGCCAUUACAGCCGAGGGAUUCUCGCUAGAAUCCGCCACGCUGCCAGAUGUUACCACCACAGAUAAAAUAGACAAUGCUCUCGCCUCAUUCUUCAGCAAACUUGCGGACCUCAACAUCUCACUUGCCAAAAACUACACAGCAAACAUCCACACCAGUUUCGCCGAUUACUACGAGUUUUCGAUUCUGCAAGCAUAUACGAGCAACAUUACCAUUGGCGGGCGCAAUAUUCCACGCUCAACAGUCCAAGAUACAAGCACUGCUCUCCCCGCAAUCAUCUCCGCUUUCCGCGGCAUUACCCAUACCGGCGGCACUAUAUUCCUCACCGCAGCCAACAUCUUACACGCAAACUACACGCGCAAUUCGGUAUUGCCAUCGUGGCGCAAUGCGCUAUUCUCCGCAGCGUUUUCAUCGCCGCUGGCGGCGAAUGCGAGCCGAGAGGAGAUACGUGAUAAUCAGGCACUGUUGAAUAGGUGGCAGGAGGAACUGCGUGCUCUGACGCCUGGGGCGGGCGCCUAUAUGAAUGAGGCGACGUGGGAUAAUGUGGAGUGGAAAGAAGAUUAUUUUGGGGGAAAUUAUGAGGAGUUGUUGAGGGUGAAGAGGAGGUAUGAUUCGGGGAAUCUGUUUUGGGCGGUGGCGGCGGUGGGGAGUGAUGAUUCUUGGGGGGUGGGGAAUGGAGGAGCUUUGUGUAGGGUCUGA